UGGUAGCGACACUGUGCUUCCGGUUCUUUGUCUGACGUGGUAUCCGGACAAAAUUAAGCUAAUGUUGCCCAGAAUAAACUAUCCCGUAUCAAUUUGUGUAACGUCUAUUCCUGUUUAGAUACUCCGUUAUUUCUGACGAUGCAAAGCAGCUCGCAGCGCGGUGAGGAUUGGGUUCCUGGCACCGGGGAGCUGCCUCCGCUCAGCGCUCAUUGUUAGCCUAGCCUUAGCCGUAGCCAUGCUCCCAGCCGCUUUCACUUCUGUUCCGCACUGGGACCACCGCUGCUAGCUAGCCUGGUAGCUAGCUAGUGAAGCUUCUCCCCUCCAGAUAGGGCAGUCGUUUCGCUGUGUAUGAGCGGGCUAUCGCUUGGUAGACUCCCGUCGUGUUUGAUGGAAGAGCUCCAGCGAGCGGAAGCGGUCCGCCGGUCGUCUUAAAGCGCCCAAACGGGGAUGGUGCGUUUGGGGAGCUAACCAGCAGACCUGACUUUGAGGAAACCUCUCAUCUCUUCACGUUCAACCUGCUCGGCUUUAUUUCACCCGAGAGGGCGGUUACUGGUUAGUUGGUUGCAGCGCUCUUCUCGAGAAGAGGGGUUUGUUUUAUUGUUUCACUAUUAUCCUUUUAUUUUAUUUUUUGGAGGGGGGAGGAAAAAACACACAAACAUUUGUGCCACGAUGGCUUCCUCCUCCGGAAACGACGACGACCUCACAAUCCCCAGAGCGGCGAUCAACAAGAUGAUCAAAGAGACUCUUCCUAACGUGAGGGUGGCUAACGACGCCCGGGAGCUGGUGGUUAACUGCUGCACGGAGUUCAUCCACCUGAUCUCCUCUGAAGCCAACGAGAUAUGCAACAAGUCGGACAAGAAGACCAUAUCCCCGGAGCACGUCAUCAACGCGCUAGAGAGCCUCGGUUUCGCAUCGUACAUCACGGAGGUGAAAGACGUGCUGCAGGAGUGCAAAAGUGUCGCCAUGAAGAGGAGGAAGGCCAGCUCCCGACUGGAGAACCUGGGCAUCCCGGAGGAGGAGCUGCUCCGGCAGCAGCAGGAGCUGUUCGCGCAGGCCCGGCAGCAGCAGGCAGAGCUCGCCCAGCAGGAGUGGCUGCAGAUGCAGCAGGCCGCCCAGCAGGCACAGAUGGCAGCAGCGUCUGCCAGCGCUGCUCAGCAAGCCAGCUCCUCUCAGGACGAAGACGACGAGGAUGACAUGUGAUCCCAGGACGCUGUUCAACCCGUCCCAGUUCUUUGCCGGGGCCGCGUGAAAACACACAUCUCCUAGAGCUUUCGUCCACAGAGGCGCGGGACUCCUUGGAGCACUGGAAAAUUCCUGCCGGGAACGAGCAGUGACACACGGGAGGGGAAUUUAAACACGGACCCCUAUUCAGACACUAGUACAGGAAAACAAAUUGGAUUGGAUAAACUGUUAAAUAUUGGCAUCCACCCCACCCUAAUUUUUAGUUGCUUCUGUUGAAAUGACCUUUAUUUUUGUUAUUUGUAGAUUUCUGGGUGUGUUUUGAACCAACUGAGGACAGACGGCGCUGGGGAGAGCUCCUGGAUUUGUUGGCGGGUUAUGUGGCCGUCGGGUUCUGCACCAGAUGACUGGUGCCCAGUGACAGUCAGUGGGUUAGGUGAACUGCUGGAGACCGAUGCCAGCAUGCCGUUCCUCCUUCUUAAAUGUUUGACGGUCAUUUUUCCAACAAGGAUUUUUCUUUACCCCUCCUUGGUAUAUUUGUUCAACAAUGGAUUGUGGGAGAUGUUGUGAAUAUUGAAUUUGUUUGGUUAUGUAAAGAAAUAAAUGAAAGUUUUGUUUAAUUUUAGCUCCUUGUUUUUUUUUGUUUUGGAAUAUUUUGUGUCAUUUCUGUUCUUCCUAGAACCACCGCAGUAUUGCUAAUUCGCUACACCUUUGAGAAAGAAUAUUUUUGUCUCAUAGAACCAAAGAUAGAGGACAGACUACCAAGUCCAGAGUUUGUUUUUAAAGGUGUAGGUGCUACUGUGAUUCCCUUUGCUGAUUCCAGAUCAGUGUAAACGAUGUUAAGGAAUAUUAAUGUCUAACUUUGUAAGAUGCUUUCAUAUCCAGGCUGAAUUUGUUACUUUGGGUGCAGUAUCGAGCAACUGGCAUUGUGACUUUGGUCAAUUCCAACUGUAAAGAUGAAGAAACAAUGUUGUGAUACACAUUCACUUGAGUUUAUUACAAAGUUGUAUUCUUUCAGCAAUAAAGGCAUCAUUUUUAUAGACA